UUAUUUUCCCCGGCACUUGCAUAUGUAAACCCAAAGAACAUGAAACAUAUUACUUGGGUUACUAUGUUCUAGUAAGGGAGGGAUAAAUCAAUCCGAGGAUAUGCUUUGUCCUGCAGUAGCUCCGUUAGCAGUUUUGCCACGAGCAAUUAAACGCUCUCCGGUAGCCAUUAUCUCGCUCUUAGCACAACACAGUACAACACUGUGGCACAGCUGAUUUUGACAGCAAUGAGAGGGAGGAGCAGGGCUGUACCGUUAUUUUAAUUUUCCAUUUGAAUAUGAUAAGCCAGAUCCUUCAGUGGCUGAUAUGCUGGCUCCAUGUCACGACUUCUGGCUGCCUCAAGCUCCGCCUUCCUCUAACUGCGUGCUGUCGAGACGCGCGGCAGGCGGUGGGGGCUGUGGCAUUUCUCUCACUGAGUGUGUCAGCCCGGCUGAGCACGUAGCUACAGUACAGCUAGUUACAGUUAGCAGAAACACACACAUUUGCUGCAUGCAGGCUGUCGCAUACGUUAAGCGGACACCGGUUCCUUACUGAAUCAAGCUAGAGGGACCGACCAUGGACCUUUUCGAGUUUGACUUCUUUAGGGACUGGGAAUUGGAACAACAGUGUCAUUACGAGCAGGACCGCAGUGCGCUGAAGAAGAAAGAGUGGGAGCGGAGGACACAGGAAGUGCCGCGGGAUGAAGAUUUGUUCUCCUCCGGCUUUAAUCUGUUCGGGGAGCCAUACAAGACUAAUAAAGGCGAUGCCCUUGCGAAUCGGGUGCAGAACACGCUGGGCAACUACGACGAGAUGAAGGAGCUUCUGACCAACCACUCCAACCAGAGCCACCUGGUGGGCAUCCCAAAGAGCUCUGCGCCCCAGACGCCCAUGGAGAAGCAGCCGGACCAGCCCAGCUUCUUCCCGGAGGGCCAGAGGGGCAGGACGGCCCCCGCCCAGCAGGGCUCCGCCCCCAUGCCCCCGCCCCAGUCCUCCUCCGUGUCCGGCUCCGCCCUGGUGCACGCCCACCAGGGGUCCAAGAAGUCCCGCCCCUCGGACUGGUCCAGGGGGGGCCACGGCUCUGGCGGCGGCCAGCCGGGGGUCCAGGGGGGCGGGGCUCCGUGCGGGCGGGGGAAGCACGGGACGUCCGCCCACGAGCAGCCUCAGGGGGGCCGGCUGGAGGACCAGUUCGGCGGGCAGGUGGAGGCGGUGCACAAGGGGGACUCCAGCCCCGCCCCCGCCCCCGCAGCCUCGUCCUCCCACGGCAGGAGGCACGGGCAGGCCUCCAAGGCCCCGCCUUCCGCCGACCACGCCUACAAGGAGGGCGGCCACGCCAAGUCCCCCGCGGACCAGGACCUGGGGGGCCCCCACGCGUCCGGGUCCCCCGUGGCCUCCACGUCGCUGCUCCCCAGCGGCCUGUCCACGCCCACCUUCCCCCAGGGCCUGCACUGCAAGCCCAGCGCCGUCCAGCAGAAGCCCACCGCCUACGUCCGGCCCAUGGACGGCCAGGACCAGGUGCCCAACGACUCGCCGGAGCUCAAGCCCCCCGUGGAGAUCGGGGACGGGUACGGCGUCGCGCCCUUCGCCGCCCUGCUGGACGGCAAGGCCGCCGCCGGCGCCAGCGCCAAGAGCAAGCUGCCCAAGCUGACCCUGCCGCAGCCCGGAGAGGUCAGCCUGUCGACCGACUCCAGCUGCGUGGAGGAGAUUCUACGGGAGAUGACGCACUCCUGGCCGCCUCCCCUAACUGCCAUCCACACGCCGGGCAAAGCGGAGCAGACCAAGUUCCCCAUCCCGUCCAAGGAAUCGCAACAUUUAACCUCAGGAUACAAUGGCCAAAAACGGUGCAAUGUUUCUGGGAACAAGACCGCGACCAAGCCGGUGCCACAGAAGUCAAUGCUGGAGGAUGACCUCAAACUCAGCAGUGAUGAAGAUGAGAGUGAACAGGGUGCAGAGAAAACCAAGCCGAGAAGCACACCUCUCAAUCUCCCCGGGCCCGUAGUUCGGACCGGAGAGCCCGGUCACUCCAGCGGCGCCUCGGGAAGCUCCAGCGAAUCGGAAAGCAGCUCGGAGUCGGACUCGGACAGCGAGAGCAGCUCCAGCGACAGCGAGUGCAACGGCGCCUCCCGAACCGCCACGCCCGAGCCUGAGCCUCCGUCUACGAACAAGUGGCAGUUGGACAAGUGGCUAAAUAAAGUGAAUCCGCACAACAAGGCCCUGAUCAACACCCAGCCAGAGAGCCAUGUGCUCGGAGGUGCCCAGCCUGAGGACGGCCAGGCCGCGGAGGCCCAGGGAACGGGCAAGGGCAAGGCGGGCGUCCCGCUGGCACCGCCGGACGCCAAGGACCGGGCGCUGCUCAGCCCCGUCCGGGAGAAGGCCAAGCCCAGGACCGGCCAGAAGGCCCCCGAGGGCAAGAGCGCCAAAGUCAAAUCCCCCGCCAGCGCGGAGCUGGCCCCGCCGAGGCGCAGCACGGGCAAGAAGCAGCCCAAGAAGGUGGAGCGCUCCUCCAGCACCGAGGAGCACGGCAGCUGGCCCAAACCUGGCAACCCCAGCGUCACGCCCAAGGAGAAGGAGCCUCCGCCUCCGGACCCGCCCAAACCCAGGAGCAGGGGCGCGGGCAGCAAGACCGCCCCCAGGAAGGAGCCCCGCCCCCCUCCUGCGCCCGCCCCUGCCCCGGCCCCCGUCCAGGACAAGAAGAAACACCGGGGGCCCAGCAAGAUCACCCCCAAAUCCAAGGAGUUCAUCGAGACGGAGUCGUCGUCCUCCGAGUGCCACUCGGACCCCGAGGAGCUCCUGAAGGCCCCGCCCCUGUGCCCGGGCCCGGGGGGCCUGGGGCUCCUCAAAGCCAAGGACUGCAACAGCAACGUCCUGAGCGUGUGCAGCCUGGCCAGCAGCAGCGGCGCCUCCAUCCCGGACCCCCUGGAGGACCCCCUCCUCUCGCCCAUCCCCGUCGUCCAGAGCGAGCUGCUGUCCCCCCUCAGGGACCUGGACGAGAUCAAGUCACUGUGGGUCAAGAUCGAGCUCAGCCUCCUGUCCCGGGUCCCCGGGCGGGACCCCCCCGAGCUGCCCCCGGUCAAGGCGGAGCCCCGGGACGCCGGCGCCAAGCACCGGCGGCAGUCUCCGGCCUCCACCCCCGCCGAAAAGCCGCCCAGCAAAUCCAAGAGGAAACACAAGUCGGAGAACUGUGACGCCCUCAGCGGCAACAAGAAGCUACGGCUGGAGAAGGACUCGCUGCUCCUCCCCCCCUGCAUAUCCCCCAUCCACAACCACAAGGCCACCAGCACAAAAGACUCGUCGAAGAAGCAGCCCAGAAAGAAGGAGGACCGGCUCCUGCCCCCCCUGCUGUCCCCCCUCUCCGACGAGCCCGUCCGCCAGCGCAGGAGCAGCGAGUGCAGCUCCUUCAGCCAGGAGGGCGGCGCCAGCGUGCCCAGCGCCUCCAACACCAGCUGCUCCUUUCCUCCGUCCUCCUCUUCCUCCUCCUCGUCCUCCUCGCACAAGCACCGCAAAGGGGACGGCAAACCCGCCGCACAUUCCAAGGAAGAGGAUGCCCACGGCAAGCCUUCCAGCAGUUGCCACGGCAACGGUCAGCCCGACCCUGACCUUUGGUCCACCCCGUCGUCCACGUCAAUGGACCACUCGGAACCCCGGAGGCCCAAGCUGAUGUUCAAUGACACAUUACACAAUGCAGACUACUAUAUGCAGGAAGCCAAGAAGUUAAAGCACAAAGCGGAUGCACUGCAGGACAAGUUCGGCAAAGCCGUGAACUACGCCGACGGCGCCCUGUCCUUCAUCGAGUGCGGGAACGCCAUGGAGCGGGACCCGCUGGAAGCCAAGUCGCCGUACACCAUGUACUCUGAGACCGUGGAGCUCAUCAGGUAUGCAAUGAGGCUAAAGAACUUCACCAGUCAUUCAGCCACAGUGGCGGAGAAGAAGCUAGCCGUCCUAUGCUAUCGAUGUUUAUCACUCCUGUACUUAAGAAUGUUUAAACUGAAGAAGGAUCACGCUCUGAAGUAUUCCCGCUCUCUUAUGGAGUAUUUCAAGAAUUCAGCAAAAAGUUCCCAAGCACCUUCACCAUGGGGAUCCAACGGAAAGAGCGCCGGCACCCCGUCCCCCAUGUCCCUGAGCCCGUCGCCCGUCAGCUCGGCCAGCAGCGGGGGCGGAGCCCCGGGCUCCUCCUCCUCCUCCAGCGGCAGCGUGGCCAUCCCCCAGCGCAUCCACCACAUGGCCGCCAGCCACGUCAACAUCACCAACAACAUCCUGCGCAGCUACGAGCACUGGGACACCGCCGACAAGCUGGCCCGCGAGAGCCAAGAGUUCUUUCAAGACCUGGACUCUGUGAUGGACCCGUUGACCCAGCAGAGAAGCAUGACGGAACUGGUGCGCUACGUGCGGCAGGGCCUGCACUGGCUGCGGAUAGAGGCCCACUUGUUAUAGUGCCGCGGCAACCGCCGCCGCAGCAACCAUCGCCACGCUUCGUUUCCCCACGUCUCCAUCACUACCUCUACCAGCCAGCAAAUCCAUCUCCACCCGCCCCCCUGAGGGACGUCUCCUCUCCGCCCGCCAAGGCCAAGGCCAGCAUUCACCGCACACGCUCAGACACACGGACGCGCACGCCUGGGUUUUUUUUUUUCUGUUUGCCUUCGCUCCUGAAAAUGUCGAAUUUCCCCACCCCCCCCUGGGUUUGAAGGAAUGUUGAGAUUCCCUGGAACAAGCCACAGAAUUUUUUAAUUUUUUUUUAUUUUUUUAUUUUUUGGCUCCACAGAUAUUUUGUGAUGGUCCGCAGAAAGGAAGCCUUCAGGAUUGUGCAUGAACUUUGAGUGGCACGCUGAGAGAGAGGGUUGAUGGCAAAUUAGAUUCUCUUCUGUUUUUAAUUUUGUUUUUUGUUUUUGGGAGGGGGGAGGUGUGUGUUAUACUCAUCACAGUACAUCUCAGACAGCUGCAGCUGUGCUUUCAAAAUGAAUUAUAACGAGAGACAUGAAGCACAUACACUUCUAUAUUCCAUAUUUCCAAUUGUAAUUCGUUUGUGAAAGAACUGGUUGGUUGUCUACAAACAUCUUGAAGAGAACAUCUUCAUAGCACUUUUAUAGCCGACAAAUUUGAGACGUCAUUCUGAGAUUCGCAGGAUCUGAUAUUUUAAGCAUGCAAAAUUUUUUGUAGAUGCUAAUGUUCCAGUGGAGUUCAGCUUCCCUGGACCAUCCAUUCAUAAAAGCAGCAGUAGGCAGGGCAGUCAGUAAGGCGAACCUGCAAAACAACUGAACUUGUCAAGAACAACGCUUUAUUGCAAUUGAUUCUACAGAUAAAACAAAGCUCUUACAACCAAGCAUGAUUCUCUGUUUUACACAUUCCAUUUUUGUUUGCCUCUACGAAAGACCCACUGCCUUGUUGUGAACUAAAGUCGCACCAAAAGUAAAUUAAAUUAAUAGUGUUUUUUUUUUGUUUUUUUUUACAUUAUUAUUUCAUCGUUUUGGUGUCUUCUGUACAGGCUACAGCCUGAGGCGGAAUACAUUAUGUGUCUCUAAGAGAAAAGCAUCUUUUUAAUAUACAGAACACAAAGCCCUUCAUCUGAGAAUGUGUUUGGACAGAUAUUUCCAAAGUAAUCAUGAUUAGCAAAAAAAAACCUGUAACAUGACAGAGUCUUGUGUAAGAUUCAGUCUUAUACAUACCUACAAUAUUACUUUUAUAAUAUUAACUUUUGGUUUUUUUUUUUGCAUGCAGGCGCACAUAAGUAUCUCGACUGGGAAUCCGUGAUUACACAAACAAAUUGCCUAAAUAUAUAGUCUCUGUGCGGAGAUGUCAUUUGUCAAAAUCUGUUAGCUUAACUUGCCAUUCGGAGCUGUCAUAAUAAGAUGUGCACACUUCUGUGAGGAAGCUCUUCUGGGUCUCGCAGAUGAGGAUGUGCUGCCUUCUUUUGUUUUCGGGUGUGUGCGUCGGUUAAAUGGCGUGCAUGUGAUACAGAGAAGUUUCCGGAAAGGCUGUUCCCCAGAACCUGGGUAUCGGAGCUCACCAGUCACUCCCUUCAUACUGAACAACCGGCUAGUUUCUCUUGUCCGAUUCUAAGCUGAAUGUGAGAGAGAGACAGAGAAGAUGUAAGAAAAAAUGUGCUCUCCACCAAUUUUUUUACAAAAGUGCCUCCUAACCCAGUGGAAAAUUAUUAGAGUCUAUAUUUAAGAACGAGAAUCAAUCUAAGUGAUUUUUUCCAUACCAUAUUGGUAUAUUAGAUUCUUUCAUAAAGCCACAGUUAUUUAUUUAUAUACUUUUUACUGAUGAUGGUGAUACCAGUUUUGGCUUUAAAAGAAUACAAAUGUGUAACUUAUUUAUUUCAAAUUUCUAAUUGAUUUAGUAUUGUGGUGACGCUAGAAAAAAAAAUACAAAAACAAACAAAUAAUGAACACAGACUACACUAAAGUAAAUAAUUAUACCGAAUUAAUGACUUGCUCGUACUAGACAUUAAAUCUUGUUUCUGUUGAUGCAGAGUGUUUUACAUGAUGUACGUAGCCACACAAUCAGUGUUAAUUAUACUCAAACGAAAUUUAUUGUGCAAUAGCCAUAGAAUACCACUCCAAGGACUAUUAGCAAUAUUUAGGUAAACAUGAAUGGUUGUACAUCAUAUAUUCCAGAAAUUUCCAGAACUGAUUCUCUGAACAACAACACAAAAUGCAUUGUAUAGCAAAUGAAUAGCCUGCCAAGCCCUUUCAGAUUUAGCUGUUGGCUAUGGCAACUCAGCUCUUUGAUUUUUCACCUUUUGUUUAUCUCAUAAUCAUCAGUGAGUACAGAAACUAUGAAAAAAAAAAAAAGAUAAAGAGAUAAGAUGUGUGUAUUUGUUUUAUGCAAAUCACGGCAAAAUUCUCUCUCCUCGUCCAAAGUUACCAACUGUCGUCCCCAUUUCAGGGAGCGGUCUGUAAAUUUCCGAGUGGCUUUUUCACAGCUGUUCCCGCGCUCGUCAGAGGCGAGCCGUUCUGUCGGAGAAAUCUGCGCCCCUCUGGCAGUCAGUCAAUACCAAAUAGCGCUGGCGCCCCGUUCCCCAUCCAUCCCAUAGUAUAAACAAGCAGCUAUAUUUUCGGGCCUUGGCACAGAGGAUGCCUGUUUAACGCCCCUGCUUUCUGUUAUGGGGAAGAAGGGCCGAUUGGAAAUGGAUGAUUUCCACUGAGAUCGCGAAAUCGAUUUUCUUAUUAGAAAACCCUCCCCGUAGCCCCCACCCCCAAAACAAAAUAUUAAGAAAAUUGAAUGAGGCGCCAUCUGUUACCAGUCAAAAUGAAACAGCUGCUAAAAUGAAAACUUAUUCAUAGCUUAACCUGCUCCAUGCUUAGCAUUUUUAAAUUUCACAGGGUGACAUUUGAAGGUCAUGACAGUGUUGAUAUUAAUAGUUCAUCAUUAAAGGGAUUUUUUUUUUAUUGGAUCAUCUUUUUAGCAAGAAUAUUGCCGCUACAGAUGUAGUUAACGCAAUAAUUGAUAUAUUUGAAAUGAAUGGUAAUAUUUGUGAAAGUUAAUACCUGUUUGUUUAAUGUUGUUUUUAGGUUUGCGCAAUUAAUUUAAUAUUUUCAUUAACUACAGGCCCCAAGUGAGUCACUUGUAGGUAUAUGCAGUAUUCUAAUAAAUUAAUAUGAAAAGUUGAAGCCACACUAAAGUCUUAUGCUUUCGCAGUGGUAUUUUUUACUGGAGUCAUCAAUUAUGUUUACAAAGCAGGAGAUAAUGACUAUCCUCUCUUUAUCUCUAUACUCCUGUGCUGAAACAAGCAAAGCUCUGUGCCAUUGCCCCCCCCCCCCCCCCCCCUUCCAAAAACCAGUCUGAAUAAGGGAAAAGUGUUAGAGAAUUGCAUGCUGGGACAUAUGCUAUGGGAAGACAGGGCUCCUUGGUCUGAGCACGCUCAGUGAAAUCCCUUCAAUGUGUGUGUUCCCUUGCAUUCCUUCACCAGACUAUCAGCAUAACGGCGUUGUACUUUAUAAUGGCAUUACCCAGCAUUUUUCAUGUGUUUGUCUUAUAUUGUAAUUUAUUUAUUUCUUAAGAGAUGAAAAGGCUGCUUUUUUUUCCUUUUCUUUUUGGAAUGUACCAACACAGAGCCUGAGAAAAUCUGUCCAUCUGUUCUGUGGUUGUUUUUUUAUGUUGUUGCUUUUUUUUUUUCGACUGUCGUUUCCAUCGUUUCACUUCGUGAAAAUCAGUAUCGCGGAAAAACAAUCUCCAAUUUCACACGCCCAGCCGGAGGCAUUCUCUUAGCUCUGCAAAUUAAACACUGUAAAUAGCACCUCAUUAACAUAAAUUAAUUUGCCAUGUUGGUCAAUUAAAGGUCUAAUAAUUCGAUGCUGAUUAAUAUUUACUGAGAACCGUGGUGGAUGUAAAUGAUCUACGUGAACUGGACUAGGCUUUCAAAACACACAGACAUAACAAAUGCCAAAUAGGUCUUUAACCGUUAAUUAUGGACACACAGUCGUUGGACAUUAACGACAUGCUGGAUUAUUAAAGUAAUUAACAAUUUGUUUGUGAAUAAAGUGUCAUGUCUUUGACUGCUAAUUUUCAUCUCAGUCACUCUGUGGUACUGUGAAUACUGUUCAUAUUGACCUGUACUUCAUCAAAGUGACUGAUAUGCAAAGAUUAGUCAAGAUGUUAUAUUUGAUACUCUAAAGUUUCUUCUUCCCCAUACAAAAAAAAUUCCACAUAGCCCUGUAACUGACCAAAUUGACUUUAGGUGAAUACGUGUAGAGCAUCUAUCUAAGGAUGAUCUCGCUGUCCAAAUGUGUAUAUGUGUACAGUACAAUUAAGUGCUUCAUGGUUUGUGUCCUUUUGUGUUAAGGAUUGUGCCACAUAAGUAUGUGUUUUGGACUUGGAAACGACUGUGUCGGAAAUCCAUUUGCCUUGCAGGUAAUGCAGAUCUGUGACUUCUCAAAUCCCUCAGCUUUAGUAUCCUGUAUCCUAUCCAGUUCAGUGUAUUGCCUCUGCUUUCCUUCAUUUCACUCUGAUUUGGAGUGCAUUAUAUUUGUACUAUCCAAUUCUUUUUUUUAUAAAAGAGAUAAAGUAAUAAUAUAGGUAAAGUACUUUCCGAUAUAACCACAAAAAGGCAAAAAAAAGGCAUUUACUUAACAUGGCUGUUUUCCGUAAUGAUCAUCAAGAGCUACUUAAUUGAGCAGAACAAACCAACUUUAUUUAAAUUGUAUGUUUAAAUGAAUCGUUUAAAAGAAUUUAACAUGACAGUUGGCAAAUUUGACAGAAAAUCAACACUAUCCCCCAAAGACAAAUAAAUUCACUUUUACAAAC